GAAAUAUUAUUUUUUUUAGUGUGGAGAAACAAGUAUCUAUUAAGCGAAAUACAAAGACAUCACAGGUUAUAUAUACAAAAUAAAAUAAUAAAAAUUAAUCAAUCAAUGGAUCAACUUAGAUAUCAUCCACAUAGAGGAUAUACAUCUUUAUUAAUUUUUACUGUUAAUGAAACAUUAGAACCACAUGGUCAAACAAUACCUUAUGGAACAAAUGAAAUACAUUUUUCUUUAACUUGUUUAAAUCUAUCUGGCUUUAACAGUGCAAUAAAACCAGGUUUGUUUGGUUCUGUAGAAGAAUUAUCUUUAGGUUCCUUUAAUCAACCUUUAAAACCAAAAAAUUUACCAAAAACAUGCCAUAAACUCUCACUAUGUGAGUACAUUCAUCCAUUAAAACCAAAAACUCUUCCACCCAAAUUAAAAACAUUGGAGCUUAACCGUUUUAAUCAUCCAAUACCACAUGGUGUACUUCCAGAAACAAUCAUUGAAUUGUACCUUAGUGAUUUUAAUCAACCACUUUCAAAUUCUUUUUCAUCAUUAAAAUCAUUAAAAAUACUAAAACUAUAUUAUUUCAAUCAAGAUUUAUCAAAUGGAGAGUUACCAAACUCUAUUGAGAUUUUAAAUUUAAGUUCAUAUAAUAAAACUUUAAAACCAAAUGUACUUCCAUCUUCAAUUACGAAUCUAAACUUUAUAGUUUUUAACUGUCAACUAGAACCACAAUCAAUACCUCCCAACGUAAAAACCCUAUUUCUAAAUUCAUAUAAUUGCACCCUUGGUAAUCAUUUAUUACCAAAUAGUUUAGAAACUUUAACAUUAAAUAAUAAAAGUACUUUAUUAGAAAAUGAUUUACCAUCAUCGAUUACACAACUUUAUUGUAAUUUCAAUGGUCCAAGUUCUUUCGAAAUCAAUUCUAUUCCACCAUCAGUUAAAACCCUACUACUUAAAUCAGAUAAUUUACAACCACUUUCAAUCGGUUUAAUUCCCAAUUCAGUUGUUAGUUUAACUCUAUCUGAUCAUUAUAAUUAUCCUCUUCAUGUAGGUGUAUUACCAGAAUCACUCGUUAAAUUAACCCUUGGUCGUUACUAUGAUCAACCUCUAGAAUCAAAUACUAUUCCUCAAUCA